AUGGGCACAAAACGAGUGCACUCCGAAGUGGACUCAGAAGGCGCGCAGCCGGAUGAUCAGCGCAGCAACUCCCCGGGCUCAGAAGACGGUCAACACGACCACAAAAGAUUUAAGGCCACCCGGAAGAAGCACAAGGCAAAGGAGGGCACGACCAGUUGGAACAAGACCCGCGCGAGAGCCAUCCGGAGACUACUGCAGAGCGGCAAGGAGCUUCCAGCUACGAAGCGCAAUGAGCUGGAGCAGGAGCUCGAGGCGUUGCAGGAGAAGGUCGAGGAGCACGACUUCAGAAAGAGGCGGAGCCACAUGAUCCAGAAGUACCACAUGGUUCGGUUCUUUGAACGGAAAAAGGCAGAGAGACUCCUCAAGCAGCUCUGCAAGAAGCUCCAGCAGACCGAAGACCCUGAAGAGAAGAAGCGCCUCGAAGCCGAGGCCCACGUCGCCGAGGUCGACGUCGCCUACGCCCGCUUCUUUCCCCUGAUGGAACGCUACGAGAGCCUGUAUCCCAACAAGGACAAGAAGGGCGAGGACGGAGAACAGGCUCAGGAGGGCGGGGACGAGGACAAGCCCGAAGCUGACGCGAAGCCAUUCAAGCAGCCCAAGGCCCUGCGGGCCCUUCACGCCGAGCGGCCAAAGAUGUGGGCCACCGUCGAGAAGAUACUACCGGAGGGCGAGGCGGCGCUGUACAGACUGCGCGACCGCAAGUCGGCGGCGGACGCGGCCCCGCACCAGAGGCAGCCCCUGCCACAGCGGACGCAGCGGCCGGUGCGGGCAAGGGAGGAGGAUCCGUGGUUGGCGCGGUCGAAGAAGACGUGGAGCGACGCGAAGGCGAAGGCGAAGGAUCCCAAACAGCCGAUGAACAGGAGGGAGCGCAGGGCGCAGGAGCGGAAGGCCCCGAUAAAGGCGGACGAGGAGGACGACGGCACGGGCUUCUUCGAAUGA